AUGCUGGCCAUGUCGAGGGCAACCCAAUUUCUUGUCAGCGCGCUGUUUUGCGUAUUGCCAUGGUGGUUACCGGGCUCUAGCGGUCUGUGGCUUCCACUGACGAAGGUGAAAGACUCCAUUGUGGAAUCAACAGGCGCACGAUGCCUGGAUGGAAGCAACCCAGCUUAUUACCUGAGCAUGCCAAGUGACCCGAAAGCUGUGUCAAACUGGAGAAUACAUUUUCGUGGCGGUGGAUGGUGCUUCACUGCGGAAGAAUGCCAUGGGCGCAGCAAAACAUCCAUGGGCUCUAGUCUGCUUCUGCCCCAGACAAUUGAGGAUGCUCAUGACGGAUUCAUGACAACCAACACCACGGUCAACCCCAAGUUUGGCAACUGGGGAGUGGUGUACAUUGAAUACUGUGAUGGCUCAUCGUAUCUCAGCGAUGUAGAACAACCAAUGAAGCUCUUCGGCGAUACAAUCUACUUCCGUGGCCGUCGCAUUCUCGCCGCAGUAUUUCAGGAUUUGGAGGAACGGGUGAAACUACUGUCGCUCGGCAAGAAGGUGGUGCUCUCCGGCACGUCAGCGGGUGGUCUGGCCACCUACCUGCACUGCAAUACGGUGCAGAAGAUGCUGAAUGCUGAUUGCGAUUUCCGCUGCUUACCGGAUGCUGGGCUGUUUUUGGAUCAUGCUGAUAUGCAUGGUCAGGCGACAUACGAGACUGAGGUGAAGGCAGGACUGGACCUGUGGAAUGGCACACACAACCUAGACAAGACUUGCAUGGACGCGUUCAAGUCAGCGGGCACCCCGUGGAAGUGUGCGUUCUCCCAGUACAUCAUUCCCUUCAUCACGCCUCCGCUGUUCAUCCUUAACUCCAUGUAUGACAAGGCGAGCAUGGGCCUGGUGCUGCAUCUCAACUGCAAUCCUAGCCACGCUGGAAGCUGUAGCACGGAGCAACUAAAAGCUUUUCAAGCAUAUCAUCUAGCCAUGGCGUCAGCUUUACAGCCAGCACUGACUGCCGGCAAUAGCACUGGAGUGUUUGCUACUGCAUGUUAUCAGCACGAGGAGUCGUGUCAGAAUCCCGACUGGCUGGGAAUCACGAUAAAGUCUGUAUCGAUGCGUCGCGCCGUGGAGCAGUGGUAUGACGGAGGUAAUGUCAAACUUGUUGACACAACCUGGCCGAACGAUCACUCAUGUGUUCUCAACAUCACGCAUGGACCGUGUUAG